AUGCUCGAAGGAGAUUCAUGGAAGGAAGCCAAGAUGGACAAAGCAAAGAUUGACAAGAUGAGCGAUCAACAAAUUGGUCAGCUGUACGAGCUCAUGCAACAAAUCAAGAACCAGGCUCAGGAGGACGCCGAUGCCGAAGAAAAGCGUGUGGUUGACUUGCUUGACAAGAAGGAUCCCAAAGAAUAG